AAAAAAAAAAAACGGUAUCCGCAGGGCGUUUAAUGCGACACCAGCAAUAUUUUAAAUUAAGUGUAUUGUAUAAUAAUAUGACUGAAGAGAGAAUCAAAUGACUGUCUGGUUCAUCAGGGUCAAGUUGGGACUUUAGUGCAUAUUUGCUGUGUAGUGACUGAUUAACGUGGAGAAGAAGGAAGUACAAAGUACGAGAAGAAACAACAUCGUGGUUUAAACAGGAGUCCCAUGGUUUUCUCUCAGACUCUGUGGAAACAGCACCAUUUAUUCUGGAGGUUACAGACAGUCAUAAGUCAUCACAGAAUGAACUCAUCACAUCCUGUGGCAGCUGUGUGUCAGAUGACGUCCACCCCAGACAAGGAGGCAAACUUGACUACAUGCGAGCGUUUAAUCAUGCAGGCCAAGGAGGGUGGCGCGAGCAUGAUCUUUCUCCCUGAGGGCUUUGAUUACCUCGGGUCCAGUCGAGAAGAGACGCUGCAGCUGUCUGAAAGCCUGCAGGGUGACAUCAUCAGCAGAUAUUCCCAAUUAGCCAGGAAGCUGAACGUGUGGCUGUCUCUGGGAGGUUUCCAUGAAAGAGGGCAAAACUGGAAGAAUGACAGACGCAUCUACAACAGCCAUGUCAUCAUUAAUGGCCAAGGUGAAAUUGUGUCCGUGUACAGAAAAAGUCACCUGUUUGAUGUGGAGUUGACAGGUAAAGGUGUGUCACUAAAAGAGAGCGCCUUCACCAUUCCUGGGACCAGCUUAGUGCCACCUGUUCAGACCCCUGUUGGAAAGGUGGGACUGGGGAUCUGUUAUGACCUGCGCUUCCCAGAGAUGUCCUCGGCUCUUCAGAGGAGCGGGGCGGAGAUCCUCACUUAUCCAUCAGCUUUUACCGUGGCAACAGGCACCGCACACUGGGAGGUCCUUCUUCGGGCCAGAGCCAUUGAGACUCAGUGUUACGUCCUGGCCGCUGCUCAGGUUGGAGCUCAUCAUGAGAAGCGCUCGUCGUAUGGCCACACGAUAGCUGUAGACCCGUGGGGCGUGGUCAUGGCAGACUGUGGGGGGACAGAUGUGGGCGUGGCUAUGGUAGAGAUUGACAUGGAUAGACUUAAGGACACUAGAAGGGACAUGCCAGUGCAGAAGCACAGGAGGGAGAAAGAGUUCUACUGUAGUUUGGACUGAAUGAGACUCAAAAUCAUGACAUGAACUGAAAAAUUAUGUCGAUUUAACUCACAGCUCCUCGUGUUGUUUAAUAUCAGAAAUCUAUAGAAAGUACAAGACUAUAAUAAUAAAUAGUCACAAUAAUAAAUGAACUAACAUACAGAUUUACUUGAUCAUACAGUACAAUCUGACUCCUGAUACACUUUUCACUGUGCUAAAGACUUCUGUUAUGUUUCUUCUUUAUGUUUCCUGUUCGUGUGGGACUUCCAAAUAAUCUGUGUUUCUCAACAGAGCUUUCGCUCUAGAUAUCAAACAUUUGCACAGACUAGUGUGUCUACAACAAAGAUUAAAUGUUAAUGAUAUAACAUACA